AUGUCAGAGGACCGUCGAACGCAGGAGUCGUCCCGGGCAGCAGCACAUGCUCCAGUAUGGUCCGUGACUCGUCGUCAACGCACCGAAGUUUCGCCACUUCGUGAUGCUGAAACUGGAACGCAGUCCUAUAGAUCACGGACCAUGACCACCACGGAACGUGUACAAGUAGUCCAGACACCAGUGGAGGCUGACGGAACAGACUUCUCAGUUGAGGUUCUAUCCUCAACAGCGUUCUCAAAAUUGGAUACUAAAUGUGCCGGGUCGAAUGUUUCAGGUCAAAAUGAGCGCUGGAUAGAAUCGACGACAAUGAGGCAUGAAGCUGGAGGUAUCCCAGUAGUUGGAGGUAUUACAGCAAGCGGUGUUCCUCUAUACUCUGGAAUUUGGUACAGUCCAGAGUCAACUGAGACAACCACUAUAAUAACAACUACAACAACCACUUAUCGUGUUUUUGAAGUGGAAAGUGAUGAGUCGGCCGGUGAGGAGAACGGCAAAGAAAGCGAACUCACAAUUAACUUUCCGCUCGAAUGCGAAAGUUCCAAACAUGCGGACAUAGAAGGUGAGGUACCCGAUGGGGAACCAUUUUACGUGGUUAUUGGUAAGAAGGAUACCCUCUCGCCAGUUACGACGCCACCCGAGCACGUCGUGAAAACAGUCGACAUCAAUGUGAUACCAACCGAGCCAACCGCACAUGACACGCAAACAGUGAAGACAGCUGAUGUUGACGGUAAUAGAUAUCCACAAAUGCUCGAAAUCAGCGAUCAUGAUGGUAAGGUUUCGAGGAAAUAUCCUUUAUUCGUUAUUGGAAUAAGAUACGUCAACGUGUACCAUAACGGACGUUCGGAUGGAUUGAAUGAACACGAUGAACUGCAAAUAACAGAUGAAAUUUCAACGAUGGUCGCAAAACUUUCGGGAUCAUUCAAAAGAGCUGCAGUUCAUGGCGAACACACAAUAUAUUUACCUGUUAAAGGACGUAAAGCGCACGAUCACCAAAUGCAAUACGCCCAUGAUCCAUCAAGUGGGAGUAAGCCGUCAAGGACACAAAGAGAACUGAAAUCAAAAUACACUGUUAAAUUCUCAGAUCCUUUCAGAAUUGAAGCAGAUGUUGACGAAUGGACGGCAUCAACAAGCAAAGUACCAGAAAUCCCCGAAGAAGAUCUACGAAAACACGUUAAUGUAUAUCACAGCGGUUUAUCAGACCGGGUAUCAUUAUCACCGAAAAGAACAAAGAGGAGGGAAAAGGGAACAAGACCCAAAAUUGAAAGAACACUACCGCACCAACAGGUUAUCUGUACCGAGGAAACCGAUCUUGAAGAAACAUACCAAAUUCAAAGGUUGCCAGAUCAACAGGUUGAUGAAAUAUUCCCGUGUGUACCAGAGCAGCGUAUCGAAAUACGGAGGAGCGAGGCUUCAGCCGGAUGGCUGCAGCACAGUGGGACGAGGGAACCAACAAAACCACAGGAUGGGCAAGAAGAGUACACACAUCGAUCUAGUCAGCAGAAGCCUGAGCAAUCAGUCUACAUGAAUAUUGAAUUGAGGAGGCCUCCGAGAAAGGGGGCCACCACAAUUCAAAUCGUCGACGAAAAAAAACAGUGCAAAACAAGGGACCCAUACCAAGACGUGGAAAAUGAACUACCAACAGUCACUGAGGCGAAACCGAAAUUCACCGGUCUCAUCUUCAAGAGAGGCGAGACGUAUGUCGACUAUCCAACAACAGAACUGUACGAAGGACCGGUCGACGCAACGAAUCGUGCGCAUGAAGUUGAAGGUGAACCACUCGAACAACACGUCAGCGUAUAUCACAGUGGCCGAUCGGAUGAGGUCGUGCCAGUGAAGGCAGUGCAUGAAGAAGAAGAGCCAUCAUCUGUGGAGGCUCUAACCGGAGCUGCACAAGCUAUCGGCGCUAGAAUAACUGGCCUCUUCAAAAAGAGUCCAGCACAUCUUGACUAUCCAACAUCGGAGCCAUAUGAAGGACCAUUUGCGAUAACGAAUCGUACCAGUGACGUUGAAGGAGAACCGCUGAGAACGUUUGUUAGCGUUUAUCACAGCGGACGAUCUGAUGAACCGAUUACGAAAGUGCUCGAAGAAGUGCCAGAAAUGCCAUCUGAGGAACUACCAACAGUCACUGAGGCGAAACCGAAAUUCACCGAGGAACUCAAGCAAUCUUUGUUUGCUAUGGGGAUAAUUCCUCCGAAUGCUUCUUAUGCCGACUAUCCCAAGUCACUUCCCUUCCUUGGUCCCCACUUUAUUACGCCCUGUAUGCAUGACCUUCCGAAGUUGAACUUAUCUGAAAUUGUUCAUGUUUAUCAUAGUGGGCGCUCCGAUGAAUGUGUUGAGAGACCGACGGCUGAGGUAUCUUCAGGGAGGUUGCGUGAGGUUCCUUCAGCAGUUGCUGGUGGUUACGGGAUUGCAAAUGGUCUGCUACUGGAGAGCUCUGAAGAGCCAUUAUCCACCAUCAGGCGUACGUCAGACGUUGAGAAGGUCCCAUUGCAACAUUAUGUUAACGUGUAUGGAAGUGGAAUUGUUGAAGGAGUGAUGCCUGCGGCAUUGCCUCCUAAAAUGGAGGUGCUUGCAGUCCAACCUGCUAAAGUACAAAUAGAGGCGCGCUCACCAUCUUCAGAGAUUGUCAGUAAGGUGACUGACGUCUCAUCUAUUGAAGUCAAACCUCAUGUCUUAGCUCGUGAAAGACCACCAGAAAUUCCAAAACGUGGAUUGAUAAAGAAGCCUCUUCCACCAGUAAGACAGUUUUACUCGUAUGAUGUGAAGGAAACACGCACUCAGAAGCCGAAGGCACCGCAACCACCACAGCCAUGUCGAGAGAUCGUUGAAGCUGCUGCACUGGCGCGGCAAAAGAGGCUAGAAAAAGAACGUCAUCAAGUCGACCUCGAUGUCUCCAUUAAUGCGAAGGAGCCGCUUCAGCGGCCGAGCGCUCGGCCUCCAAUCAUUGCCACCCGCGUCGAGCGAGAUCAGGUAAGAAAGGAAGCUGUUGCACCCCGUGAACGAACAUCGGUGCUGGGCAGUGGAGCACCAAGCCGUCUCUCGGACUACUAUGCGAAAACGCGUGAAGUAGAUUACUGGAUUGGACGUCACACAGAACGAUAUUCACGGCCACCGCGCGACUUGACGGCUGAUAUUGGCAUUGAUGUAGCAUCUGAUGAACACUGGGAAGAAAAGCAGCUGGGAGGUGCCAGACGCGCAACAUCACUCCAGCCUGAAAGCAUAUAUGCACGAUCAACACGUCGUGAUAUACCAGCCCGUGGUAUGCAAAUUUCGACAAGAAGUGUUUCACCAACUGCACACUUACAUUGGACAACUGUGAGUGAAACAACUUCCGUCUCUUACUCGAAGAAGGUUUCAAUUGAGCGUCGACGUCCACGUCCCAGACAAUCGUUUGAGAUACCAUCUGUCCGUAGGCAAUAUCGACCGCCACCACCGCCUCCUGAAGUUGCUAUUUACGGUCGAUCGGGCUGGACCACGUUCGAUUCCGAUUAUUCACGACCUUAUUCUGGAGUCGCUGCAAUCCGAGGUGAAUCCAGGCAAUCACGCUAUUCGACUUAUGCUCGAUACGGAGAAACUUCCGGUUUGGGAAUGACUGGUAUACAGCAACCAACAGCUCACUAUGUUAGCAACGAAACAAGAGUAAGUAAUCUGUUUAUAUGGAUCAGAGUAACAAUCACUACGCAAUUCCAGGCUUACCGAAAUCCCUUACGGUAUGAUCUGCCAAGUCCUGUUUCACCACCGCGUUAUGAGCACUGGGCUGCUCAACCCAACAGUUGGACGGUUGAAGGUUCACCAAGGAGAUUUCACAACGGACGUCGUGAUGAAACGUCUUAUUACGGAUCUGGUUAUCCACACACUAGAGCCGAUUAUCGCGUCAGCCAUACCGGUCCAGAAUUCUUACAUUAUCAGAAUUCAAACUUGGAAGAAAUCCCGAUUGUUUCUUUGAUGAACGAAUUUCCGAUGAUUGAAGAAGGAGCAACCGAGUGCUUGUUUCCAACUGUGCAACCUAUUCGCACGCAUGAUUACAUUGAGAUCUUGCAUAUUACAGAUCUUCCACCAGGCGAACAUGCCCGCUCGUCUCGUUCGGCACCACUUCGACGUGCCCGCCAGCGUAUUCGUAACUAUUGCACCAUGCUAUGA